AUGUGGACACAAAUGGAAAUGGCAAUGCUGGAUACGGGAAAUAAUCGAUUGCCACCUGGUGUGACCGAAUAUCGAAUUCCUAUUGAGUUCAAAGACAAGCUGAAGACCGAAGGUCUCAAGGUAUUCCAAUCUUUGAUGUUCUCAGCUGGUGACGCUUACGAUUUGUGGUGGACAGGACAAGAGUUCAAGGAUAUGCGUGUGGAGGCUUGCGCACAAAUGCUUGAACACGAUCCAAAGGUUUUCGCCAGAUUCCGAGACGAGAACUUUGAUUUAGCCAUCGCCCACUUUCACGACCUCUGCCCUUUGGCAAUCGCACGGAAAAUUGGCGUCGAGAAGGUCGUUUGGAUAACCCAUGGUACAUCAAUUUACGACUUCGCUGCGGUACAGCUGGGUUUGCGAACGCUGCCCGCUAGUGUACCACAUCCAUUGUCAUCUUCCGGCUUCACUCAGACGUUCAUCGAUCGAGUUUUCAACCUGCUUUGGCAUCUCUCUCUACUUGACUUCGUCAAUCUGCCUCAAAAUCUUCUCCAUGACGAAAACGAAUACUAUCGAAGUGUUAUCGGUGAAGGUGAACCAGACCUCUGGGAUCUAGCACGGAACGUACCGGCGUUGCUGAUCAACGGUGAACGUAUGCUGGACUUUCCAAGGCCGCUUCCAAUUCAUAUAAGCUUCUCUGGAGAGUUGGGACUGAAAAAGUCAGCAAAAAAGGUGGAAUUUGACGACGAUCUCCGUGCGAUUCUUCAGAAACCCUCCAAGGGCUUGAUCGUGUUCUCUCUUGGCACCGUCUCAAAACACGACAUAUGCCUCGGCAGAUGA